AUGGCAUCGCUUUUCUUAACGUUAGUGAUCUGCGUUCCCCUUGUGGCCUGCGACCUGACCGUCUAUCCCCAUCCACAAGGACAGAAGGCGUCUGACAAGUUCAACAUUUACGUCAGUCAAGGUGGUGCCAAAGAACGGAGCUUCACGUACAUCUCCACUUCCGACAGCAGGGUCCAGUAUUCGGGGAAGUUACUGAAGAUCGAGCCAGGACGAUCUGUGUCGUGGACGUCGUUUUCUUUUUCUGGAUCCGCCGUCGCUGUUGAAGUGCACACCCAGAAGGACUUCCGCAACUGUCUCAUUCGACCAAAGAGUUAUGGCUUCAAGUGUCACCGAGCAGGAAAUAAGGUUGCCCUAUUCACUGUAACAGCAAACACGAAGUUAAUGUCUGUGGAGUUUGACUACGACUAUGGAAGCAACGAGGCCGACAUAAAGGACAAACUGUUGGUUUUCGCUGACCCACCAGAAACAUCCAUCCCAUCCAGGCAUGACCCGUCGGUUCUGUACUACGAUGUAGGCGUGCACAACCUCCAUGGCCAGAAGGUUCUGGAUGGGCACAUCAAGGAAGUCUAUCUGGCACCUGGAGCUUAUGUCCAAGGUGGUUUCAGGACAACGGGAAACCAGGGAGUAAAAAUACAUGGGAGAGGAGUCCUAUCAGGCGCAAUGUACAAGUUUCACGAUCCAGACUUCCAAUGGGCUCUGGUUAAUAUGAAAAAAGGUGAUCAUCACACACUGGAAGGCAUCACUGUUGUUGACCCUGAAGAAUAUUACUACGUUAGUUCUGGAAACAGCAACGUUGUCAGAAACGUCAAAUUUGUAGCAGGCUGA